UGCAUGGAGAGAGAGCGAGGGAGCGGCAGACAGACAGACGGAGAGAGAGACGUGCGCACUUGAGCUGGAGCUGUGGGAAAAUAUCGCACAGGGGCAGAGGCGAGCGACUCGAGCUUAACCUGAGACCUGAUCUCAACACUCGGGUCCAGCUGUGGAUGUCCAACAUCUUUUGCGUCUGGAGUUCAAACUUUUAUAAGGGGACACAGCCCUGAGAGAAGUAUUUAUUUCCAUUAGAGUAAAGAGAGGUUCAUUGAAAGUGGUCCAUUCAUCAUGGAGUUACCGGUUCUGGUCUUAGUGGCGGUGGUCCUGUCUGUCGGCACCAGCACUAAACUGAACGUGCCGCGCCUUCGCCUGUCAUACAAAGAUCUGUUGGCCACAAACCGUACCUCCAUUUUCAGUGGUUUCAAUGGAGAUCUGCACUUGUCGGCUGUGUUUUUGGAUGAAUAUCAUGACAGGCUUUUCCUGGGAGGGAAGGAUGUUCUCUAUUCGCUGAGACUGGAUCAUACACAUGAUGCUAAAGAGAUCCACUGGCCUUCGUUGCCGGAGAAUCGUGAGGACUGUAUUCUCAAAGGGAAAGAUCCCGAGAUGGAGUGUGCAAACUUUGUGCGGUUGCUGCAACCAUUUAACCGCACUCACCUACUGGCCUGUGGAACUGGAGCUUUCCAGCCUGUGUGUGCGUAUGUGAACGUCGGACACCGCGGAGAGCAUGUGUUCAGUUUGGAUCGUACCACAGUAGAGAAUGGGAGGGGGAAAUGUCCCCAUGACCCCAAACUACCCUUCGCAAGCACCUUCACAGGCGGAGAGCUAUACACCGGUCUGACUGCAGAUUUUUUGGGGAGAGACUCUGUGAUUUUGAGAGGUUUAGGGACUCGCUCACCAAUGAGAACAGAGAUGGAUCAGAAAACCCUACAUGAGCCCAGGUUUAUUGCGGCCCACCUCAUUCCUGACAGUGCAGACAGAGAUGAUGAUAAAAUGUAUUUCUUCUUCACUGAGAGAGCAACAGAAAGCGCAGAGCAAGACGAUGAAGGAGCCAUACACACACGCAUUGGACGAUUGUGUGCGAAUGAUGUGGGUGGGCAGAGGGUUCUUGUGAAUAAGUGGAGCACAUUUAUUAAAGCCCGACUGGUGUGUUCUGUUCCUGGACCCCACGGCAUCCAAACACACUUUCACCAGCUGGAGGAUGUGUUUCUGUUAAGGACCAAAGAUGAAACCAAUCCAGAGAUCUACGCAAUAUUCAGCACCAUCAGUAAUGUGUUUCAGGGCUAUGCAGUGUGUGUCUAUAGUAUGGCUGAUAUCCGGGAGGCAUUUAAUGGGCCGUUUGCUCAUAAAGAAGGACCUGACUAUCAGUGGGGACCUUACGAAGGACGCGUCCCUUACCCGCGACCAGGAGUGUGCCCCAGUAAGAUCACCGCCCAGCCUGGUCGUGCCUUCCGUAGCACACUGGAGUUUCCAGACGCUGUUCUGCAAUUUGCACGAACACAUCCACUAAUGUGGCGCCCGAUUUACCCAUCACAGCGGGAACCACUGCUGCUGCACACCGGCGCCCCAUACAGGCUCACACACAUCACUGUAGACCGCACACAGGCCGAGGAUGGAUACUAUGAUGUCAUGUUCAUCGGCACUGAUAUUGGGACUGUGCUAAAGAUUAUCGUACUUGCAAAUGGAAACACUCUUGCAAAUGAGGAGAUCACACUGGAGGAAAUGCAGGUGUUCAAGGUACCCACUCCCAUAACCUCAAUGGACAUAUCUGUGAAAAGGCAAACUCUGUUCGUGGGUUCACAGACAGGUGUUGUCCAGGUGCCUCUGCACCGCUGCAGUAUGUACGGUAAAGCUUGUGCCGAGUGCUGCCUGGCUCGAGAUCCGUACUGCGCCUGGGACGGACACACCUGCACACGCUACCUGCCAAACACAAAAAGGCGUUACCGAAGACAGGACAUCAAACAUGCAAACCCAGCACUGCAGUGCAUGGACCAAAACCUCAGCGUGGAGGAUCUAGAUCUGACUGAAGAACGGGUCGUUUAUGGCACUGAGAACAACAGCACCUUCCUGGAGUGCAUCCCUCGAUCGCCACAGGCCACUGUCACAUGGCACAUUCAGAGAGAUGACUACUUAGAGGAGGUGUUACUAGAUGAACGUGUCAUUAAAACAGACGAUGGUUUGUUGUUCCGCCGUGUGCUUCGUCAGGAUGAAGGCAUCUAUGUGUGUCGAUCUCGGGAACACGGAUUCACACAAACCCUCUCACGCUUCUGGUUGGACGUCUUACACGCUGACACCCUUUCAGACCUCCUGUCACGUGACGGCAAAUAUAAAGUAUGGUCACCGUGCGCCGCCAACACAGCCUCUGUCAAUCGUGGCCCGGCCAGGGCGUGGUUCAAGGACGUCUUGCAGCUGAUUGGUCCUUCAAACCUGCCAAAAGUGGAGCAGUACUGCGAACGUGUUUGGUGUAAUGAGAAGCUGAGACGCAAGCACAAAAACAUGAUGGACAAAUAUCGGCAAGCGCAGGACUCUGCGCGAAGAGCACGAGUCCAGAAGAGCACGGGAGAAUCUCGAAUCCGCUCUCCACGGGACCUCCACACGCAAGAGUAAAACACAGACCCACAUGAAGCAAAAUGGACUUCCUAUGGAAAGUGGGUGUGAUUUUAAGAUGCUCUCACACACACACACUUGUUUUUGUUUGUGGUGAUGUAAAAUAUUGUAGGUUUUGUGUCUAACAGUCCAAGUUCUCUCUUUGUUAAUUAGGACAUUCUUGAGCAUCCUCUCCAAAUGUUUCUGUGACCAUGGCAGCCGGCCCUCAUCACCUCACAGUAGACCGUGGCUAAUGUUAUACGUCUCGCUUAAAAACUCAGUAGCUGCAAAACCUUUUUACUGAGACAAAUGAGGGUAGACAGGAUGGAACUCGUAGACUGGAGCGCUGCCCCUGCUAUAACAGGUGCCAAAAAACAUACAUUAAUUUAAGAUACAUCUGGCUGUGAUACAACUGGGCAUAAUGCUCAGAGACUUUUCCUCAACUGAGAACUACGGCAGCGUUCAACAAAACUCAGCCUGCCAGUACAUUAAGCUGUAAAGAAAUAAAAGUUUGGACUAAUUAGACUAUUUUCUGGUAACUGAAUCAUAGCUUGACGACCGUUGAGACUUCAACAGAACUGACAUUGUUCUUAAUCAGUUUGAAACAAAGCAUCUUGAGCUUUAGAACUUUGCACAGGGUUCGGUUUCUUUUCUUUUCUUUUUUUUUUGUGAUGUAAUGUUUUGGAAACACUUUAUAGUAAGGUCCAAUUUGUUAGUUAAUGCAUAAGCUAACAUGAAAAAAACGUAUUGAUCUCGGUGUGUGUGUUUUUCUAAUUAUAUACUCUUUUUUUUUUACAUUGUAUAAAUUAACGUUAAUUUAUUAAGAACACGAAUUAUCAAUGAACAGCAGUUAACUCUAACCUAAACUUAUAAAUGGUGUAAAAAUUGUUUGGUUAAUACUAGUAUAAAGACUAAUUCUCACUAUUAACUAGUUGCUUAUUAGUAUAUUCCUAUUCUAAACAUAUUGGCUGUUUAUUAGUACUAAUAAAACACAUAUUUGCAUGAUCAUAUUCUACAUUCCUAAUCCUAGCCAAUACCUAAACUUAACAACUACCUUACUAACUAUUAAAAAGCAGUAAAAAAAAGUCAUAGUUAAUAGUUUGUUAAUAGUGAGAAUUGGACCUUUAAAUAAAGUGUGACCAUUGUUCAUUGUUAGUUAAUAUUAUUACAUGGCUGUUUUGAAUAUGCGGCUCUGAUUGGUCAAUCACAACAUUCUGUUGUCUAUUGCAACACUGCAACUAAAACUAGCUCUACAUACCACAUCAGAGAUUUGACACCUUUUGCGUGUCC